AUGGACAUAGCAGUGAUCCAUCGACUGGAAUUCGCGCUCGCCAUACGGGUGUCCAACAUAAACAUUUUCAUUCCAGAUGUGGUCUCUGGUCUGGACCAAAUGGGUAUCAAGGCACUAUAUCAACCCGGCUUUACCGAACCAUCCUUUUCCUACACGAAAGGCACCCCAGCAAUAUUCGCCAACGCUUACCUGGCCAAAAUCAACGACAUUCUCUUCACCAGGCAUUUGCUCGGCAAAUCCGACUCUCACGAGGAGAAUCCCAUAGGACUUCAAUGGGACCAAGUCUCCGCUCAAGAAGGUUCUUUUCUUUUCGGUUUCGUACCUAGCCAGGAUUCUUUGACCCCGGAACGCUACCUCUUCCCUCCUCCACAUUAUCUAUGGGAGUUAUGCGACCACUGGACGGGCGACUGGAAUGAAGUCAUGACAAGAUUUUCUCGCGUAUUGCGGACGACAUUGAACAAGGCAAAGCCGAGCCUCACGAACGGAGCUGGUGGAGCAGUCAUCUACGGAAUUACAAUCGAUUGCCCAAACCCGUCAACCCAAAGUUCAAUGACGCCGAAGUGGAAGACGCGCGACGGAUCUUAUGGCGCGCAGGCCUCCCCUAGAACAUGGGACCGCAUGCUCAUCAAGUCAAUCACGGUUCCCGAACAUUCUUCUAGUUGA